CAGUUUCCGGAGCGCCUUUAUGUGCAUAUUUGACGAAGAGAGAGAAAGGAAUCCACAUCCUCACCUCAAUGGCGACCACCACCACCACCACCACGGCGCACGCCGCCUUCCUCACCAGCCCAACAAAUAAAACUCCGAUCUCCGAUAAAGCUUCACUUACUUCCUCCUCCAUUAAUAACAAGCGAAAUCACAGCCAAUUAAGCGAUCCAAAUUCAGCCGCCCGAACCCGUGCCGACUUCAAGACCCGGUUCGAAGCCUACAAUCGCCUCCAGUCUGCCGCCGUUGCCUUCGGCGAGAAACUCCCCAUUCCUGAGAUUGUUGCCCUAGGCGGUCAGUCCGAUGGGAAGAGCUCUCUUCUCGAAGCCCUCCUUGGUUUUCGGUUCAACGUCCGGGAAGUUGAGAUGGGGACCCGACGACCUCUUAUACUUCAGAUGGUCCAUGAUCCUACUGCUUUGGAACCUCGUUGCCGUUUUCAGGAGGAGGAUUCGGAGGACUAUGGGAACCCUAUCUCUUCGGCAUCUGCUAUAGCUGAUACUAUAAAGCUUCGGACCGAGGCACUUUUGUCAAAGACCAAUACUGCUGUUUCUUCGAAGCCGAUUGUGAUGAGAGCAGAAUAUGCGCAUUGUCCUAACCUGACUAUCAUUGACACCCCUGGGUUUGUUCUCAAGGCUAAGAAAGGUGAACCAGAGAGUACGCCGCAAGAGAUUUUGGCAAUGGUGAAGUCUCUUGCUAGCCCUCCUCAUCGCAUCCUCUUGUUCCUUCAGCAAAGCAGUGUUGAGUGGUGCUCAUCACUAUGGCUGGAUUCAAUUCGAGAAAUUGAUCCAACAUUCCGUAGGACUAUAAUUGUUGUCUCAAAGUUUGAUAACAGGCUAAAGGAGUUUGGUGACCGUUGGGAAGUUGAUCGCUAUUUGAGUGCUAGUGGCUACCUUGGGGAGAACACGCGGCCUUUCUUUGUGGCCUUGCCAAAGGAAAGAAGUGCAGUAUCAAAUGAUGAAUUUCGCAGGCAAAUUUCCCAGGUCGAUGCAGAAGUUCUAUGCCAUCUGCGUAGUGGUGUUAAAGGUGGCUUUGACGAGGAAAAAUACAGGUCACAUAUCGGGUUCGGUUGCCUAAGAGAAUUUUUGGAAACUGAACUACAAAGGAGAUACAAAGAAGCUGCCCCAGCUACAUUGGCAUUGCUUGAACAGCGCUGCGGUGAGGUUACUGAUGAACUAGCCAGGAUGGAUUCCAAGAUAAAAUCGACUUCUGAUGUUGGUCAUCUUCGGAGAUCUGCCAUGUUGCACGCUGCUUCUAUAUGUAAUCAUAUGGGGGCCCUGAUUGAUGGAGCAGCAGAUCCUGAUCCUGAGCAGUGGGGAAAGACAACUGAUGAGGAGCGGUUAGAGAGUGGAAUUGGUAGUUGGCCUGGUGUUAUAGCAGAUAUAAAGCCUCCAAAUGCUUCCUUACGACUGUAUGGAGGAGCUGCUUUUGAGAGAGUGAUGCAUGAAUUUCGAUGCGCUGCAUAUUCCAUUGAAUGCCCUCCAGUUUCAAGGGAAAAGGUGGCAAACAUAUUACUUGCACAUGCUGGCCGGGGAGGGAGUAGAGGAAUUACAGAGGCAGCUGCAGAGAUAGCACGUGCUGCUGCACGGUCGUGGCUUUCUCCUCUUCUUGAUACAGCAUGUGAUCGACUUGGUUUUGUUUUGAGCAAACUUUUUGAUUUAGCUGUUGAGAGAAAUCAUCUCCAUGAUACUGAAUAUGGUUUGAAAGCUGAAGAUAUGGUUGGAUAUGUUGGUUUCUAUGCUGCUCUGAGGCACUCAUACAACCGCUUUGUACGAGAUCUGGCCAAACAGUGCAAGCAACUAAUUAGACACCAUCUUGAUUCAGUUACAAGCCCAUACUCUCAAGUCUGCUACGAGAAUGAUAUCUUUGGUAGUUCGAGUUCAUGUGUCAGGUCAUUCUACCAAGCUUCUCCUAGUUCUUUUGCACUUGAGCUAUCUGAUGUGGCACCUUCAUUGCGCAAUGCACUCGUAAGUAAUCAAGAAAACAUACCCCCAGAGAAAAAUGUCCAGGAAAGAACCACACCAGGAAGAGGUGAAGAAGGUAGAGAAACUCUCCGGGAAUGCCAAAUGACUGUGCCUGAGACCCCUUCACCUGAGCAGCCAGGUGGUGGAAAUUAUGCUGUUAAAAAGGAACUUGCAAACUGCAUUGAGAUUGGAGGAAAGAAACGCCACCCUAGAGUAGCAGGAAACAACAGGAACGCUGACCAUUUAAGGGGUCAAAUCAAUGAUUCCUUGUUUGGAAAUGGAGAUAUUGUUGGCAAAUCAGGCUCUGCUUACUCAGAUAUAUGCUCAUCAGCUGCAAGGCAUUUUGCUCGAAUGAGGGAAGUAUUGGUUGAACGAAGUGUGGCGUCAACUUUAAAUUCCAGUUUCUUGACCCCUUGGUAAAUUUAUAGGCUCUACUUUAUGUCUUAUAUUCAGUGGACUCAAAACUUUUGUAUUUAUCUGUUUCCUUUGCUAAUUGUUACAGUCGAGAGAGGCUUAUUGUAGCACUUGGACUGGAGUUAUUUGCAGUGAAUGACGACAGGUUUAUGGACAUGUUUGUGGCUCCUGGAGCAAUUGAUGUUCUUCAGAAUGAGAAGGAAUCCCUCCAGAAACGUCAGAAGAUACUGCAUUCGUGCUUGAACGAAUUCAAAAAUGUUGCCAGGGCACUGUGAUUGGAAUUCUACGUAUGUAUAGCGGAACUAUGAUCUGAUGUUAGUUUUGACGGAAUUAUUGUGUGAACUGGAGGUUCACACUUAUUAGUAUCUAUAGAAGAAUAAUAGUAGUAGAACUGCUGCUUUCUUCUAUAUUUAUGUAGGAAGAAUUUGUUACCAGGGAGAAUUGAUUGUGGACAAAUUGAUGUGCCUGCUUCAUUUGAUUGUUCCAUUUAUAAACAUUGUUUCUCACAAAACUUAUACAGCUUGAUGGAAGUAGAUUGUGAUUUGGUAUAGACAAAUAAGGAGAGGUUAAACAGUAAUGGCUACCUGUUGAGAAUGUAAAUUGGGUCUUGG